GAAAAUUAUGCAAUUGGCAACAGAAUGCAAAGUGUCUGUCGGUUGUUUUUUUUUCUAAGCAAUCUUGUUCAAAAGCAUUGAAUUUUGCUUUAUAUCUCUGUUAGAAAUAAAGUGUUGUGAAUUUCGAUGAAUUAUUAUUAUAAAAAUUACAUUUUCUUUUGACUUCAAGUAACUGAUGGUAAUUUUCUUGCCUGCAAAUUGGAGUCUGAUUCCUAGAUAAAUUAAAAAAGAGGAAUGAAUUUUUCGCUGGAAUAAAGCUGUUAUUCAAGAAGUUGGUUAGUUAAGUAGUUCAGAAGUAUUUAACACACUUGGAAGACUUAAAGAGCUCAUAAUGGAGCCCAUGGAAGCAGAAGACUCCAGUAAAAGACCAGGGACUCGGGUAUUUAAGAAAAGCUCUCCAAAUGGAAAACUUACAGUGUAUCUUGGAAAGAGGGAUUUUGUAGACCACAUCACUCAUGUUGAUCCGAUUGAUGGAGUAGUCUUAAUUGAUACGGAAUUUGUGAAAGAGCACAAAGUUUAUGGCCAAGUCUUAGCGGCAUUUAGAUAUGGUCGUGAUGAUCUUGAUGUUCUGGGCUUAACAUUUCGUAAAGACUUAUAUUUAGCUAAUGAACAAAUAUAUCCUGUUCCUCAAGAGCAAACAGGAGGAGGAGGAGAAGAAGAAGAGGAAGAAGUAGUUGUAGUAACACCGCCACCACCAAAACAUCCAUUAACGAGGUUACAAGAGCGUCUGAUUAAAAAGCUAGGGCCUGAAGCAUAUCCUUUUUUCUUUGAAUUGCCACCACAUUGCCCUGCAUCUGUAACAUUACAGCCUAGUCCUGGAGACACUGGCAAACCUUGUGGUGUUGAUUAUGAGUUGAAAGUAUUUAUAGCGGAUAAUGUUGAUGACAAAGCACAUAAAAGGAAUACAGUUCGUUUAGCUAUUCGGAAAAUCAUUUUUGCACCCAGUGGGAAAGGUGAACAGCCAAGUGUUGAAGUGAGCAAAGAUUUUAUGAUGUCGCCAAAUAAAUUACACUUAGAAGCAUCUCUUGAUAAAGAAUUAUAUCACCAUGCAGAAGAAAUUGCUGUCAAUGUACACAUUGCUAAUGGAUCAAAUCGUAGUGUGAAGAAAGUUAAAGUAUCUGUAAGACAGUUUGCUGAUAUCUGCCUCUUUAGCACAGCUCAGUAUAAGUGCACAGUUGCUGAAAUAGAGAGCGAAGAAGGGUGCCCUGUUGGACCCGGCUUCACUCUUUCAAAAGUAUAUUAUCUUAGGCCUAUGCUUGCCAAUAAUAAAGAUAAGCGAGGCUUAGCACUUGAUGGUCAACUCAAGCAUGAAGACACAAAUCUGGCAUCGUCAACUAUCAUUAAAGAUGCUACCCACAAAGAAAAUCUUGGCAUUAUUGUUCAGUAUAAAGUCAAGGUGAAGCUUUGUCUUGGUCCUUUAGGAGGAGAUUUAACUGCAGAAUUGCCAUUUGUCUUGAUGCAUCCAAAACCUGCUGAUGAUCCACCUCCUGUGCCCUCAAGAAACCCGUCAGUCCCCAAGGAUGAAAAUAAUGAAAACGCAGGAAUAGACACUGAUCUUAUUCGUCUGGAUACGGAUGUUGCUGCCGAUAAUGAAGAUGAUGAUCUUAUUUUUGAAGAUUUUGCUAGAUUGCGUUUAAGAGGAGAAACUGAUGCAUAAUCUUUGAUUGGCACAAUAUUUAUUUUGUAUUAUGUUAUCUUUUUUUUUUUGCAUUUUCUUUUAAUUAUUGCAUGUUUAUGUAUGUGAUAGUGAAUACACAUCCAUGCUCUAAAUAUGACUGUGUAUGCACUUUCAAACUGUUGUAAAUAUAUAAAUAUAUCAAAUAUAAGAUUAGACAGAUAAUAUCUAUCUGUAUAUCAGCACCGGUAUCAAUUGCAUUUCUGUAUAUUCAUGUUUUUAUUUCUUACUUCUAAGUCAUCUUAGCCUUUUUUUUUUUGCAAUUGAGCCCAUAGAUUUUUUGAUUUUUCUAAAUCAUAAUUACCUCAUUUGUAAAAUAGUUUUUAGUCAGCUUUUUUUUAAUUUUUUGUUGAAAAAAAUGAUCUUUUUAUAUCUUUGUCCAUUUCAUUAAAGGUACUAUUAUCACAGAUUCACCAAACUGUCAUUAAAGCUGCACCAGUGCUUACAUUUCUGUAUUUGAUCAUUAUGAAUUCUGUGAACUACCAAAAAAUAAUCUCUUUUGUUGUUGAUAAUAACUUGGUUUUUGCUGUUUUAAUGUCAUAAAUUGGAUUCUGUAUAAUGGUGCUGUCAGUUUUAUAGAUUUUAUGAGAUUAAAUUAGGAGGGCUCAA